UAAGACGGCGGAGAAGCGGCCGUCAUACCCUUGUCUUUGACGACGCCGUCCGUGUCUCUUUCUCAGCUUCUGGAUGGCCGCGCAGGUGACGGAGAGAAGAUGAUGGUUGCAACGAGGGAGGAUGUUAUUGAAUUCGUAUGAGAAAAUUAUUUCAUCUUCAGCGCUCGUCAACAAUGACACCGACAUUUCAAAGGAAAACGGUAUUUUUCUUUCUCCUUUCUAUUCGAGAUUGUGCACUCUGAAAUAAUACGCAUUAUUAAUAACAAAUGUCACAAUUGUCCUGGUCUCAAGGAUUGUCAGAGCACACUGGUUAAACAACUGUAAGGUGGCGGGAGCCCCAUUAUUGCCACACACUGUGCCAAACAUUGCGGAUGUUUUUAAAUAAAUAAAUAAUUAUCGCUUUUCCCUUUUCAAUGCCUUUCAAGUCUUCGGAAACGCGAUUGUUUCCAAAAUGCCAAGUUGGACGUCACUGACAGCCAUAGCUGUAGGCUGUUAAUUAUUUUCCGAUUUAUUUUCGACAAUCUGAUUUAUUGAGGCCUGUGUAAUAUUAGAGGCGUUUAGAUUGCCAUUACACGCUGUCAUGAGAGUAACGUAAUAAAUCGUCCAGAAAGGUGCAGGAGGCUGUGCGCUCUGAUACAGGCAUGAACCAUGGAGAACAUGAAACAUUCAUGUUAAGUCGCUACAGUCUCCCCAUGAUUUCAUGUUGGGGGCGAAUUCUGCUUUAUACGGACAUAAGAACCGACUAAGACUGAGACACACUACCCCACAGUGCAACCAGUCAGCCAACCGACCACACAUUUAAUUUCCUCACACCCACAAUUGGCCGUUGGCAGAGACGCACAGAGAAGGAGACAGUACAUGGGCGUCCUCGUCUGCUAAAAACAGCAUAUAACUGCUCGCCGGGUGCAGGUGUUCAGCAUAAGCUUACAAGACAACCCGUUGUGCAUAUGAGACGUUCCAAUCCAGAUGGGAUGUAAUGUUGUGUGGCUGCACAGCUGAGCAUUGGUCUCCUUCUCCGCUGCUUCGUGAAGAUUGGCUUUCGGUGUCCAGAGAAUGGCGCGGUUCGGAGAUGAGGUACCGGCCAGGUAUGGUGGAGGGCCCGGCGGAGGGGGCCCUGGUGGCCGAGGUGGUAGCAGGCAAGGAGGACCCCACGGACACGGUCAUGGCCACGGCCACGGACAUGGCCACGGUCCACCCGGAGGGCCCGGGGGCCAGAGAGUGUACAAGCAGUCUAUGGCGCAGAGAGCCCGGACUAUGGCCCUCUAUAACCCCAUCCCUGUGCGCCAGAACUGUUUCACUGUCAACCGCUCGCUGUUCAUUUUCAGUGAGGAUAACUUCGUCAGAAAAUACGCCAAAAAGAUCACCGAAUGGCCUCCAUUUGAGUGGAUGAUUCUCGCCACCAUCAUUGCCAACUGCAUCGUCUUGGCUCUGGAACAACAUUUGCCUGACGGUGACAAGACGCCGCUGUCCGAACGCCUGGAUGAUACAGAGCCGUACUUCAUCGGGAUCUUCUGUUUUGAGUCUGGAAUAAAGAUCCUGGCGCUUGGUUUUGCCUUCCACAAAAACUCCUACCUGAGGAAUGGAUGGAACGUCAUGGACUUUGUGGUGGUGCUCACAGGGAUCCUGUCCACUGUGGGUUCAGAUUUCGACUUGCGGACCCUCAGGGCUGUGCGUGUAUUGAGGCCCCUCAAACUGGUGUCCGGUAUUCCCAGCUUACAGGUGGUGCUCAAAUCCAUCAUGAAGGCCAUGAUUCCUCUGCUGCAAAUAGGCCUGCUUCUUUUCUUCGCCAUCCUCAUGUUCGCCAUCAUCGGCCUGGAGUUCUACAUGGGCAAAUUCCACACAACCUGCUUUGACAAUCACACAGGUGAGAUCCGAGAAGAGCAUCCAUGUGGGACAGAGCUUCCGUCACGGCUGUGUCCAGAGGGCACCAUGUGUCGACAGUACUGGCUGGGACCAAACUACGGCAUCACCCAGUUUGACAACAUCCUGUUUGCUAUCCUCACCGUCUUCCAGUGUAUCACCAUGGAGGGCUGGACUGACCUGCUAUACUACAGCAACGAUGCCUCAGGGAGUGCAUGGAACUGGAUGUACUUCAUCCCCCUCAUCAUCAUCGGCUCCUUCUUCAUGCUCAACCUGGUGCUGGGUGUAUUGUCAGGGGAGUUUGCCAAAGAGAGAGAGCGUGUGGAGAACAGGAGUGAGUUCAUGAAGCUCAGAAGACAGCAGCAGAUUGAAAGGGAACUCAAUGGUUAUCUGGAGUGGAUCUGCAAAGCUGAAGAGGUCAUCUUGGCGGACGAUGACAAUGAAAAUGAAUAUGAUGGCUCCCGUAGAAGAGCCACAAAGAACCACAAGAGCAAAGCUGAGCUGCUAAACCCAGAGGAAGGGGAGGGAGAUCUGGCAGUAGGGUCACCUUUUGCCCGCGCCAGCUUGAAGAGCUCCAAACUCGAAGGAUCAGAUUUCAAGCGGCGGGAGCGACGGCUACGCUUCCUCAUCCGACACGCUGUUAAGUCCCAGGCCUUCUACUGGACCGUACUGUGUUUGGUGGGCCUCAACACUAUGUGUGUGGCUGUCGUGCACUAUGACCAGCCAGACCGUCUGUCAGAGUUUCUAUAUUUUGCUGAACUAAUCUUCCUGGGGAUAUUCUUGACGGAGAUGUUUAUAAAGAUGUACGGCCUGGGCAAGCAGGCCUACCUCAACUCCUCCUUCAACUGCUUCGACUGCAUUGUGAUAUGUGGUAGUAUAUUUGAAGUGCUGUGGUCCAUCAUCCAGCCGGGCACAUCGUUUGGCAUCAGUGUGCUACGAGCUCUCAGGUUAUUAAGGAUUUUCAAAGUUACCAAGUACUGGGCAUCUUUGCGUAACCUCGUCGUAUCACUGCUCAACUCCAUGAAGUCCAUCAUCAGCUUGCUCUUCCUGCUCUUCCUCUUCAUAGUUGUCUUUGCCCUGCUGGGCAUGCAGCUCUUCGGAGGACAGUUUAAUUUUGAAACUGGCACUCCUCCGACCAACUUUGAUACCUUUCCCGCAGCAAUAAUGACAGUGUUCCAGAUCCUGACCGGCGAGGACUGGAACAUGGUGAUGUACGAUGGAAUCGAGUCUCAGGGUGGAGUCAACAAGGGCAUGGCCUUCUCUGUCUUCUUCAUCGUGCUCACACUUUUCGGCAACUACACUCUGCUGAAUGUGUUCUUGGCUAUCGCUGUGGACAAUUUAGCCAACGCACAGGAACUGACCAAGGAUGAACAGGAGGAAGAGGAAGCUGCUAGUAAGAAGAUCGCCCUGCAGAAAGCCAAGGAGGUGGCUGAAGUCAGCCCACUGUCUGCUGCCAAUCUCUCCAUUGCAGCUAAGGAACAGCAGAAGAACAACAAGGGGAUCAACAAGUCAGUGUGGGAACAACGCACCAAGGAGCUGAGGAGGCAGACUCUGGUGUCCAGCCGCGAGGCACUCUAUAACGAACUGGACCCUGAGGAACGCUGGAAGGUGAACUAUUCACGUAACAGCCGUCCAGACAUGAAGACCCACCUGGAUCGACCGUUGGUGGUCGACCCCCAUGAGAACCGCAACAACAACACAAACAAGACCACUGUAAACAAUUCAGACCUCUGCUUUAGCCAGCACCAUCCUGCUGAUGAGCUCCACAGACAAACACGCCUCCACGAGCAUGUUGGCCAAGUAGGAGAGGGUGGAGGAGGAGGCGGCUCAGGGCCAGUCAGGCCUCCCUUGGAGAGAGGCGAGUCCUCGGAGAGCAGGCGGAGUCGUAAAGGCGAGCACCACCACCACACCUCUCAUGUCCGAUUGGAUGCUACAGUGAUUCCUGGGCCUGGCUCGGAGGAGAGGCCUUCCAGGCGCCAUCACCACACCAGGAGCGGCAGUCGAGGGGGAGGACAGUCAGAACACAGGAAGCCCAGGUCACAUCGAAAAAGUGCAGAAGAUGGUGAGGAUGGCGGGGGAGGAGCUGGAAAAACAGGGAGACAUAAGAGCAGAGGGGUCGACGGAGGUGGAGAAGGAGGAGAGCAGGAGGGAGCUGGGGAUGGCGGUGAAAGGAGGCCAAGAAGAAAUCGUCAUGGCAACCAAACGGACGGCGAGGGGAAGAGGAUGUGCCAGCACAGAAGGAAGGAUUGCAGUGUCCCGAACCUCUCCACCACACGGCCCAUUCAAAAGAGCCUCCCCAGGCAGGACAGCCAGUACAGUGAGGAUAUGGACAACCUCAUGAAUACCAAACUGGUCUCUGGCUCCACCCCACCCAGCGACGCUCACCCUAAUCCACAUGCCAACCACACUGUGGCCCCAGGCUUUGGAUCUGCCCUCCAUCUUGCUAAUAGUGGCACUCAUGGGAGUUUGGUGACAUUGGAUAGCUAUGGGAGCAUCGCCCAUCACCGCACCAACAGUGUCAUCAGGCUGCCCCACCAUGACUACACAGCGGUAGACAUGCCAAUUUUCCCAUCCACCAAUGCCAUACUGCAAAUCAAUAAGAAUGCCAACACGGAGCCUCUGCCAGCGAAGGAGGACAAGGACGAUGACGAUGAUGAGAAGCGAGGUGAAGGAGGACCCAAGCCCAUGCCUCCCUUCAGCUCCAUGUUCAUCCUGUCCACCACCAACCCGUUUCGGCGGGCGUGUCACUACGUCUGCACUCUGCGUUAUUUUGAGAUGUGCAUCCUGCUGGUCAUUGCCAUGAGCAGUAUCGCCCUGGCUGCUGAAGACCCUGUCUGGCCUGAAUCCCCUCGCAACAAUGUCUUACGUUAUUUCGACUACGUCUUCACAGGAGUAUUCACAUUUGAGAUGCUGAUAAAGAUGGUGGAUUUGGGGCUGGUCUUGCACCAGGGCUCUUAUUUCCGGGACUUGUGGAACAUCCUUGACUUUAUAGUGGUUAGUGGUGCUCUGGUGGCCUUCGCCUUCACGGGGAGCAGUAAGGGAAAAGACAUCAGCACUAUCAAGUCUCUGAGGGUACUCAGAGUGUUACGACCUCUGAAGACCAUCAAACGUCUUCCCAAACUCAAGGCUGUCUUUGACUGUGUGGUGAACUCUCUGAAGAAUGUGCUCAACAUCCUGAUCGUCUACUUACUCUUCAUGUUCAUCUUUGCUGUGGUGGCCGUGCAGCUCUUUAAAGGACGCUUCUUUUUCUGCACUGACGAAUCCAAAGAGUUUGAGCGCGAUUGCAGGGGCGAAUAUCUGGUGUAUGAACGUAAUAACGAAGUGAAGGCGCAGAAGCGGGAGUGGAAGAAGUACGAUUUCCACUACGACAACGUGGCUUGGGCCCUACUCACCCUCUUCACCGUAUCUACCGGAGAGGGGUGGCCGCAGGUGCUGAAGCAUUCAGUGGAUGCGACUUAUGAGAACCAGGGCCCGAGCCCGGGGUACCGGAUGGAAAUGUCCAUCUUUUACGUGGUGUACUUCGUGGUCUUCCCCUUCUUCUUCGUCAACAUCUUCGUGGCUCUCAUCAUCAUCACCUUCCAAGAACAAGGAGACAAGAUGAUGGAGGACUAUAGUUUAGAAAAGAAUGAGAGAGCCUGUAUAGACUUUGCAAUUAACGCCAGACCUCUGACACGCCACAUGCCUCAGAACAAGCUGAGCUUUCAAUACCGAAUGUGGGAGUUUGUGGUGUCGCCGCCAUUUGAGUAUACUAUCAUGGCAAUGAUCGCGCUCAACACCGUCGUGCUGAUGAUGAAGUAUGACGGAGCUUCUGAUACCUAUGAAGCUGUGUUAGCCAACCUGAACAUAGUGUUUACCUCCCUCUUCUCCAUGGAGUGUGUACUCAAGAUCAUCGCCUUUGGAGUACUGAAUUAUUUCAAAGAUGCCUGGAAUAUAUUUGACUGUGUGACAGUUCUGGGCAGCAUUACUGACAUCCUGGUUACGGAGCUCGGGAAUAAUUUCAUCAACCUAAGUUUCCUGAGGCUGUUCAGGGCAGCUCGUCUCAUCAAGCUGCUGCGGCAGGGAGAAACAAUUCGGAUCUUGCUCUGGACCUUCGUUCAGUCCUUCAAGGCACUGCCUUAUGUCUGCCUCCUCAUUGCCAUGCUGUUCUUCAUUUACGCCAUCAUUGGGAUGCAGCUGUUUGGGAAUAUCGCUAUUGAAGAAGACGGAGAGAGUGCCAUCAACCAGCACAACAACUUCAGGACCUUCAUACAGGCUCUCAUGCUGCUAUUCAGGAGCGCAACAGGAGAGGCGUGGCACGAGAUCAUGCUGUCAUGUCUGGGGACCAAGGAGUGUGACCCCCUGGCAGGGAAUCCAGAGCCAGAGUGUGGCAGCCAGUUUGCUUACCUCUACUUUGUCUCCUUCAUCUUCUUCUGUUCAUUCUUGAUGCUGAAUCUGUUUGUCGCCGUCAUCAUGGACAACUUUGAGUACUUGACUAGAGAUUCAUCCAUACUGGGACCUCACCACCUGGAUGAGUAUGUCAGGAUAUGGGCCGAGUAUGAUCCUGCUGCCUGUGGCAGGAUCAGUUGCAGGGAAAUGUAUGACAUGCUGAGGCAAAUGUGUCCUCCACUAGGCCUCGGGAAGAGGUGUCCAGCACGGGUGGCCUACAAGAGACUGCUCCGUAUGGAUCUGCCUGUGGCCGAUGACAACACGGUCCACUUCAACUCCACUCUCAUGGCCUUGAUCCGCACAGCACUGGACAUCAAGAUCGCCAAGGGUGCUGAAGGUGGUGUUGACAAGCACCAGAUGGACGCAGAGCUGAGGAAAGAGAUGAUGGCGAUCUGGCCCAACCUCUCGCAGAAGACUCUGGAUUUGCUGGUUACGCCUCACAAGUCCACAGACCUGACAGUGGGGAAAAUCUACGCUGCUAUGAUGAUCAUGGAGUACUACCGACAGAGCAAGAUCAAGCGCUCGCAGGCUCUUCGUGAUGAGCAGAAUCGAACGCCAUUACUGUUUCAGCGCGUGGAGCCACCUUCCCCCGCCCAGGAUGGGGGUCCGGGACUUAACAACGCCCUCCCUCCACCUGAGAUAACAGGGACUGUCAACGGCCUGCCGGUGCAGGGCGGAGUCUCGGAGAGCCAAUCUUGGGUGACGGCUCGUGCUCAGGAGAUGUCCGAGAAGGUUGGCAGCUGGAGCCCUGAGGGACACCCUGAGGACAGCCUGGGAAGCAUGAGCAACUCUCAGACGGUAGAGAUGAGAGAGAUGGGGCAGGAUGGUUACUCGGAUACUGAGCACUUUCCACCAAUGGAAGGCCAUGGCAGGGCCGCUUCCAUGCCCCGCCUCCCAGGCGACAACCAAACCAUAAAUGACAGCAGUCCCAUGAAACGCUCGGCCUCGUCGCUGGGCCACAGCAGGUCAGGCCGGGGUCACAGAGACAAAGGAGGGGCAGAAGACUACAACAUGGAGUGUGUACCUGAAGAAGAGAGAACUUCCAGACAUGGACACCGGCGAAAAGACCGGAAUCACCGGUCUGAGAGGUCCCUGUGUCGCUACACGGAGGCUGACACAGGCCUGGGCACAGACCUGAGCACAACCACCCAGUCAGGGGACCUCACGUCCAAAGACAAGGAUCGUGACAGAGAUCGCGGCCGGUCCAAAGACCGUAAACACCACCACCAUCAUCACCACCACCACGGCUCCGUGGACAAGGAGCGCUAUGUAGCAGAACGAGGGGGCGAGUACGGACACAGGCACUCCCGUGACAGAGAGCAUGACCGGGAGAGGGACAGAGAUAGGGAACGGCGCUGGUCACGAUCGCCCAGCGAGGGACGCGAGGGUACGCGAGGGACGCGAGGCAGUAGUUCGGUCAGCGGAAGUCCCGUCCCCUCAACGUCGGGGACCAGUACGCCGCGUCGAGGCCGUCGACAGUUGCCUCAGACCCCCGCUACACCCCGGCCCCAUGUAACCUACUCCCCUGUGGUCCGUAAGGCCAUGCCCACACCACCUGGGGGGCCACAGGGCCGACCCCCAGCCCCUGCCCCCCGUCGCUUUUCUCCCGAGCCUGCCCAAGGCCAGGGCACUCCUGCCACUGGACUCCCACAGCCCCACCAUGGCACAUCCCGCCAGGGUCAUCACCCCCCACCUCGCUGGGGAGACACGGAUGGAGGAGGCGGCUCCAUUGAAGGGGAUGGCUGCUUCUACAACCAGGACUACCAGGACUAUGAGCCCCACCAUGAACCACCUGCCUAUGAGCAGAACCCCAUGCAGGGUGGCAACCCCCACCCCCACCCUCACGCUCAUGCCCAAGCCAACCACCCACUGCCACCUCCCCCACAACAACAGCCACAUAACCCCCAUCCCCUCCCUCCACCCCAGCCACACCCUGUAAACAACCCACACCCUCAUCCACCGCCCCACCCACAGCCCAGUCGCACCUCACCUAGGACUGCCGGCCAUGCGCCCCCGCCCACCACCGCCCUGACUGGGCCUGUACAAGGACAGACGCAGCCUGUUGCCCAGCGCCGCUUACCCAAUGGCUACCGCUCUUCAUCACCUUCCAAACAUCUCCAUGGACCCCCACAUACCGGGCCUCACAAGGUCCCCCCUCCACCUGGGCAUCCCAGAGGUCCCCGCAAGGGCCUGCAUGAACCCUACAGCGAGACGGAGGAUGACGACUGGUGCUAGCGUCUGGGGAUGGGGGACUGGCGUAAGGAGGAAAAAUAAUUGAUCGAUGGACCGAAAGAUGAAGACGGGAAGCUCUAAGCGAGAGCUCUGACUGCCAAAGGAAACCAGGAUUCCUUCUUUCUUGCCUGUUCAAUUUUUUCCUCUCCUCCACUGCUUGGCAUGUCCCAGUGCUGCCGGGCUAGAUGGAGGGAUGAGUGUCAGGAUGAAGGGGUGGAACAAGAAUGCUGAGGCAGGAUCUGGAGAAAUAAGUGGUGUACGGGGAAACCACCUCCAUGUUCUGCUUGCAUUGUUGUUGCAUUCAUUUCUUGAUGCCAAAUAAGACCAACCUCAAACUGAAGGAUGCAAGCAGGAGGGGUGACAACACUAGUCUUUGUGUGUCUUAAAUUAUGCCUCUGGCAACGAGCUACAGCCACUUACAAGAUGUCAAGAGUUGCGACUCGACAAAACACACUUUACAGUCAGAGACAAAAGAACGACCACUGUUUUUUUUUCCUUUUGCUUCUCAAAGCUAACUUCAGUUAAGUUAGCUGCAAAAAGAAUCAAACCCAACCCUCCCAGCCACAAGUUGAAUAUUGAUGAGUUUUAUCAUCUGUGUUUUUAAAUAAGAACAAAACUGACAAUGAGCCCUCCACCUGUAUGAGGUGAGGAGGCUGAGUGGGUGGGAGAGUUGGAGAGUGUUGCACGGAGGUUGACAAGUCAAAAUGUAGAGGACAGGAUGGGUGUGUUUGGGAUGUUUACCGUUGACCCUGGCGAACACCCUCCUCGCAGAAACAAAACAUUUGAACCAACCUCAACCCAUGACCUGUGAGAGAAGAAAAACAAAAACGUGGAGAUGGGUUUCAGAAACAAAAAAAACAAAAAAACAAUAACUGUUUUCUGCAGUAUUUCUUCUUCUAUUCCUGCUUCUUCUUCCUCCUUCUCUUCUACUUCUUCAAAACAUUGAAGCUUGAAUCUUCUGUUGCACCCCACACAGCUUCGUUUUUUAGACUUGCGGAGUUGUACACCCUGUGGAAUCCUGCAUGAAUGAUACAAAAAAUUAUAAUAAUAGCAACAAUGAGAAUCUACUGUAUGUGGGGGGAAACGUUACUUGGUCCUUUCUGUUGUGGUCUGCAGGGUUUCUCUCUUUCUUUCUUUUAAAGUGAAAAUGCCUUUCUGUUUCUCUCUGUCUCCUCUGUAUGACAUUUCUCUUCCUGUACCUUCAUUUACACUACAAUCAAGUGACAGAAGGCUAUAGGGAGAUUGGAUAGUUACUGUAUGUCUAUCUAAAAGGAACAAAAUUAUUACUUUUUGCUUGCUUGUCUGUAUGUUCUGUGUCAGGUGCCUGCCACUGAUACAGCCGGAAUUGCACAUAUUUUUUGUGGAAGUAACUUUUUGUAACUACGGUGAUAUAACGGGAAGCAGGGUAACGUGGAUAAAGAGAUGUGGGGUCCAAUAUCGGUGAACAAGACAGACAAAUCAGUGACAUCUCAAAGUCUUCCAGGGUUUGGGCUUAAAAACAGAGACAUCCGAGAGAAAGAGACCAAUAGAAAGGCGGAGAAAGGAGAGAAACUCUUCUUCUUUGUUUUCUUUGUUAUCAACCGUAAUGAUGGAUAAACACAUGAUAUAAUAACUUCUGACGAUCGUGAUGAUCGUGAUAAUGAGACAGAUUCUCCAUAUUUGGUCUGUAUAUUCUGUUCUGUAUGUUGAUUUUGAGCUCAGCUAAUCGUUUUUCCAACCCUGAGGUGGAGCUCUAACCCACAGUUGCAUUGUGGGAGAAUGAGUCUGCAGGAGGGCAAACAUAAGUCGGUGAUUAGCAAAAGCAGUCAAUAGGUCUGUCACUCUUUUGUUUUUUCAAAGACUAUAUAGAAUUUAGACAGUGGGUGAAUUAGAUUGUGAGCCCCCUAAAAAUCGUCCAGACGCAGCAGUUCCCCUCCAGGUUUUGCAUUGAAUGGAGUCUCCUCUCCUGCAGAUGCUAAAGCAGAGUUCCACCACCGCUUGUGACCUUCCGGUGGCGCUGUACGACAGUGUACCUCUAGUUUUUGUACCUCUCCUUUUACUUCACUUCUGAUUCAGAGUUGUUGCACCAAGAAUACAGUUUAGCUCAUUCUCUCACUCGUAGACCGCCGCGUCUGUGUUCACCACGUGUAAACACAGGCGACUGAAUUGCACAGUUCAGGUGGGUUGGAGAAAAGAUGUCUGGGCCUCGUCAUGGUCCUGGAAAACAUCCGUGUUCUGUGUGUAUCACUCCUGUAUAUCUUUUAUUUCUUUCUUUGUGUUUCUCUGUGUGCCUCAAACUAACACUUGUCACUAAUGCACACCACUGUCAGCCCCGACAUUAUUAUUAUUUGAUUUAUUUGACGUUUUUAACCUGGAGGCCUAUCACAUGUUGACCAGAGAAUGCACCGAAAAAAUAGAAAAGAAAAAAAACUGCCUAUUAGUGUCUUUCCAACCUCAGUGGAAUGUCACAGACAAGUAUUUUUUCACAUCACUACACGUAAAAUCAGAAAGCACACUAAGUAUGUAGCUACCUGGUUGUGUGUGUGUGUGUGUGUAUAAGUGGGUUUUUUGCGUGUGUGUAUGUUCAUGGGUGAGUGUGUUUCAGAUCAAUUUUUGGUGUUUUGUUUUUGUGCCUGCUUUGCUUUCUAUUCUUUGUCUCCAGAAAUCCUUUUGAAAUCUUAAAGAUGUUUUAGUCCAAUCAUCUUCGACUGUGUGUGUGUGUGUGUGUGUGUGUGUGUGUGUGUGUGUGUGUGUGUGUGUGUGUGUGUGUGUGUGUGUGUGUGUGUGUGUGUGUGUGUGUGUGUGUGUGUGUGUGUGUGUGUGUGUGUGAUGACAGUAAACCCCUGAAUGAAACAUGCAUAGCCCCAAACAUACACCGUCCAUCUUUGUGUCUAUGCUGCAGUGAAAUCCACUAACACGCUGAUUAACCACACAAAGUCUUCAAAAAGCAAUGUAAAGCCGCUACUGAGAAAAAAAUAGUUUUUUUUAAGUACAAAAUAUUAAAAAAGGGAAAAAAUAUCUAGUUCCAGAAAUGCAUGUGCUAUGUGCAUGCCACACCGUGGGUUAACAGUCAUCUUCAGGACAUAAAAGAAAAAGCAGAUUAAUGAAUUCAGAGGAAUUAAAAAUAAAAAAUAAAAAAAGAUAUAUAAAUAGAUAGAUGUUUUUAAAAAGCAACGUUUCCUUUUUUUCCUUCUAUUUUUGAGAACAAAAAAGAUUAAAAAUUACAACAACAAAAAAAUGUCUAAAGAAUAAAAACACAAAAGAGACUUUGGUGAGAGUUUGUUUUCUUCUGUUACAUGGGGUUGAGGCACAACACAACCAUGUUCAGGACACCACAAAAAAAGAACUGCUUAAAAAAAAUAUAUACAAAGAAAAGAAAGUACAGUUCAGACGAUGGUGUAUUCUCCCUUCUACUUUGUGGGGGUCGGGGGGUGCAGGAGCUAGCCAAACAAAUCUGAUGAUGUACUCAUAAUGGCUGUGGAAACCUUUGAUCUCUCACUCACUCCCUUUUUUUCUCUCUCUCUAACUCUGUCUCUCUCACACUCUUAUCUGUUGCACUCUCAAACUGUCUCACCGCUAUUUCUACCAGUGCAUUUUGUAAUUCUAAACAGAACUCUUCCUAAAGAAUAAAAUCCAGAGAGAAUGCA